UUUUUAAAAAGAAAAAACAGAAACUCUGAAACUGAAACAAAUCUUUGUCUUCAUCUUAUCUUCUCUGUCUGUGAAUCGUUGCUCUGCAAAUCUAUGCCUCAUUCGCUAACCCAUUGUCUCCGGCGAGGAUUCUACCUUUGUAAUCUCUCUUUCUCAUCAAACGACGCUGCUAGGCGAAACUCCUUUCUUCUAUCUGUUAAUGGGAAGAAGAUGGCAGCGAUAAUUGAUUGCUCUGUCCAACCGGGUCGAGUCAGGGUUCUUAAAGAAGGAUCAACCAAGCAGACGGGUCCUGUCGUAUACUGGAUGUUUAGGGAUCAACGGCUAAGAGACAACUGGGCUUUAAUCUACGCCAUUCAUCAGGCGAACAAGGCCAAUGUGCCUGUGGCUGUUGUUUUUAAUUUGUUCGAUCAGUUUUUGGGAGCCAAAGCUAGGCAAGUAGGGUUUAUGUUAAAGGGUUUGCGUCAACUACAGGGAAAAAUUGAAGAGACCCUUCAAAUGCCCUUUUUCUUAUUCCAGGGAGAAGCUGAAGAGACUAUUCCAAAUUUUUUAAGAGAGUGUGGGGCUUCACUUUUAGUUACUGAUUUCUCACCUCUUAGAGAAGUCCGUAAAUGUAAAGAUGAAAUUUGCUUGAGGGUUGGUGAUUCGGUGGCUAUACAUGAAGUUGAUGCUCACAAUGUAGUACCUAUUUGGGUAGCAUCAGAAAAGUUGGAGUAUAGUGCUAGGACUUUAAGGGGUAAGAUAAAUAAAAGGCUGCCUGAUUACCUCAUUGAUUUUCCCGUAUUACAACCACCAUGUAGAAAGUGGGUUGCUACUGCAAAUCAGUUGACUGAUUGGGAAAGUCUCUUUGAUGAAGUGGCAAGGAAAGGGGCAGAAGUUCCUGAAAUUGAAUGGUGCAUGCCAGGAGAAGAAGCAGCAAUGGAAGUAUUAAUGGGAAGUAAAAAUGGAUUCUUAACCAGAAGGUUGAAGAAUUAUUCUACAGAUAGGAAUGACCCAUUAAAACCUAAUGGACUCUCUGGUCUUUCUCCAUAUCUUCAUUUUGGGCAAAUAUCUGCACAGAGGUGUGCACUGGAGGCACAGAAAGUAAGGAAGCUUUGUCCUCAGUCGGUUGACGCAUUUUUGGAGGAGUUAAUUGUUCGUAGGGAACUUGCAGAUAACUUUUGCUUCUACCAGCCUCAUUAUGAUUCGUUACAAGGGGCAUGGGAGUGGGCACGAAAUACCUUGCUGGACCAUGCUUCUGACAAGCGAGAACAUGUUUACUCGGUGGAGCAAUUAGAGAGGGCACAAACGGCUGAUCCGCUUUGGAACGCUUCUCAGCUGGAGAUGGUUUACCAAGGGAAGAUGCAUGGUUUUAUGCGUAUGUAUUGGGCAAAAAAGAUUCUUGAGUGGACAAAAGGACCUGAUGAAGCCCUUGCAAUAUCAAUUUAUCUAAAUGACAAGUAUGAACUAGAUGGGAGGGAUCCAAAUGGAUACGUUGGUUGCAUGUGGUCAGUAUGUGGUGUUCACGACCAGGGUUGGAAAGAGCGUCAAGUUUUUGGCAAAAUUCGUUAUAUGAACUAUGCAGGCUGCAAAAGGAAAUUUGAUGUUGAUGGCUACAUUGCCUAUGUAAAGAGGAUUGUGAGUGAAAUUAAGAAGAGAAAAGCAGAAACUCAGCUUGGUGGAAAAACAAAACAGCUCCGUGGUUAAACAUUUCAUUUGAUAUAAUAGUAAAUGGUAGGCUUCUAGUUAGAUGGAUGCUAAACCCAAAACAAAGACGCUUGAAGCAUUGUUUCGGAUUAAGAGUAUGUUUCAGACCAAAGCAUCUAAACAUUGUUUUAAAGAUGCCACUGCCUCUAUCAGACAUUGCACUCUGUAAUACCGAGAAUGGAUUUAUAAUUUCCAUUA